UAACCUCCAAUCAAAUUGCUAAAAUUACAUGAUGCAAAAAUAAAAAUCUGCUCUAGAGAAAAAAAAUUGUAUUUUCAUUCAUAGAUUCCUUUCCAGAUUAUUUGAAUUAAUUAAGUUAUUGUACACAAAAAGCGCUAUAAGGUCAAUUAUUCAUUGUAAAGGGCAGUGUGUCUUCAAAACACAAGCUCUGUGAAACCUUGACUGCCCUCCAGUGGUUAACUUGGAAAUAAACAAGGAACUUGAGGCCUUCACACACAAACCCUCAACAUCUUCCACUAAUUGAAGCAAGAAACAUUAACAAAUUAGUUUCUUUGCUAUGAUAUAUUAUGUACAGACUUUUGCGUAAGUGUGUGUAGCUGCGAAGCUCCUCCCCUCAUACACAUGUAAUAUACAGAAUGCAGGAAGUAUUUUUUACAGGAAGUAAACACAGCACUCUUUGACAGAACUCUAUGUAUUUGCCUGUUUUGUACAACAAAGGGCAAUGUACAUUAUACAGGACCUUUCAGAUCACUUACUGGAGGAGAUGAGGACAUCCUUUAGUUUAUAUUCUUAUAGUAGAUGCCUGCUACCAAACAACGGUGAGUCUUUAAAAGUGAAAGUUAACUGAUUCCUAACAGUGGGGCAUUACGAGUGUGACUGAGAAAAUGGCCUCCCGACGGUCUCUCCUGUCCUGCGUGCUUAAACAUCUUCAGUGAUCCUGUCCUGCUAUCAUGUAGCCACAGCUUCUGUAAAGCCUGUCUACAGGAGUACUGGAGACUGAGAGGAUCUCAGGAAUGUCCCGUUUGUAGGGAAGUAUUUUCAAUGGGUAAUCCACUCUGUAACCGGGCUCUAAAGAACCUGUGUGAAGCUGUCUUAAAGGAAAGGAGUCAGACCGUUUCAGACGGGUCUGAGGUUCUCUGCAGUCUGCAUGGUGAGAAACUCAAGCUCUUCUGUAUGGAGGAUCAAGAGCCCAUUUGUGUGGUUUGUCGUGAUUCAAGGAAACAUAAAAAGCAUGACUGCAUCCCCAUACAGGAAGCUGUACAGGAACAAAAGGUGAAACUCAAGACUAUAUUGAACCCCCUAAAAGAUAAACUGAGGCUUCUUAAUGAAAUCAAACUCACCUGUUCUAAAACAGCAAAACAUAUCAAGAUCCAAGCCCAGUACACAGAAAGGCAGAUUACGGAGCAGUUUAAAAAGCUGUACCAGUUUCUGCGAGAGGAAGAGGCCGCCAGGAUAGAUGCAGUGAGGAUGGAAGAGAACUACAAGGCCUCUGUGAAAAGAGCCCAGCACCCACUGCCGGAUGCAGAGAGGGUUUCCGGAGCGCUGAUAGAAGUGACCAAACACCUGGGCAACCUGCAGUUCAGAGUCUGGGUGAAGAUGCAAGGGAUUGUUCAUUACACUCCUGUAAUCCUGGACCCCAAUACUGCAGGCAAACGUCUCAUUCUGUCUGAGGACUUGACCAGUUUAAGGGAUGCUGAUAGAGCACUACAGCUUCCUGACAACCCAGAGAGGAUUGAUGGAUGUGUUCUAGGCUCUGAGGGUUUUAACUCAGGAACACACAGCUGGGAUAUUGAGAAUUUGGAUGGUCACUAUUGGGCUGUAGGUGUGACUAUUAGGCCUGUUGGCAUGCAUAGUGAUUGUAGCGGUAUGCCAAAUGAAUCCUGGGGUGUUUGGACUACUUGUGAUGUAUACCUAGAAAUGUCCCCACAGCCAAAUCUCUAUCGCCUGACAGUAGAUCACUUUCCCCAAAAGAUUAGAGUGCAUCUGGACUGGGCCAAGGGAAAGCUGUCAUUCUUUGACCUUGAUAAAAACACACACAAUCACACACACCUUCACAAAGACAGUCUACCCUAUAUUUCAUCAUGAUAAAACAUUGAGGAUCUUACCAGUGAAGACCAGUGUGACAACAGUUAAAUACAGCACAAACUGAUAUAGUUUAACUGCCACAACACUGUUUCUUAGCACUCUACUCAGUCAUUUACAUUACAUUUUACAUUUAAGUCAUUUAGCAGACGCUCUUAUCCAGAGCGACUUACAAAUUGGUGCAUUCACCUUAUGACAUCCAGUGGAACAGCCACUUUACAAUAGUGCAUCUAAAUCUUUU